AUGGUUGGAAGUGUUGAUGUUUUAGCUUGUGAUUUCAGCAUUAAUGGAACAAUGAAACCGUUGCCUGAGAAUUUCAAUUCCACGGCGUUUAUAACAAAUCAUGUGCCACUCGUAGUUGGAGAGAAUGGCAUUGGCAAGGGAGAGGCUCAGAACGGUAUAGAAAAUGGGGAGAGAAAGAUUGUCCUGGGAAGAAAUAUUCAUACCAUGUGCCUUGAAGUCACAGAGCCUGAUAUAGAUGAUGAGAUUACUGGUGAAAGGGAAGCUUAUAUGGCAAGUGUCUUGGCUAAAUACAAAAAAUCUCUGACUGAAAGGACCAACUAUCAUUUAGGUUACCCCUAUAAUUUGAAUUUUGACUAUGAUGCACUUUCUCAACUUCAGCACUUUUCCAUCAACAACUUGGGAGAUCCGUUUAUUGAAAGCAAUUAUGGUGUACACUCCAGGCAGUUUGAGGUUGGUGUUUUGGACUGGUUUGCGCGGUUGUGGGAAUUGGAGAAAGAUGAGUACUGGGGCUAUAUAACAAACUGUGGCACAGAAGGCAAUCUUCAUGGAAUCCUUGUUGGGAGAGAGGUUUUCCCAGAUGGAAUUUUAUAUGCCUCACAGGAGUCCCAUUAUUCUGUUUUCAAAGCUGCUCGUAUGUACAGAAUGGAAUGUGUGAAGAUUGACACUCAUUGUUCUGGUGAGAUUGAUUGUGAUGAUUUCCUGGCCAAGCUUCUUUGUCACAAGGACAAGCCAGCGAUUGUGAAUGUGAACAUAGGUACAACUGUGAAAGGAGCCGUGGAUGACCUUGAUCUUGUCAUAAAGAAACUUGAGGAAGCAGGAUUUUCACAUGACAGGUUCUACAUCCAUUGUGAUGGAGCUCUGUUUGGUCUCAUGUUGCCUUUUGUCAAACGUGCUCCAAAAGUUUCAUUCAAGAAGCCCAUAGGCAGUGUGAGUGUUUCUGGGCACAAGUUCGUGGGGUGCCCGAUGCCCUGUGGCGUGCAGAUAACGCGAUUGAAGCAUUUGAAAGCUCUGUCGAGGAACGUAGAGUAUCUUUCUUCAAGGGACGCGACGAUCAUGGGAAGCAGGAACGGGCACGCCCCCAUAUUCCUCUGGUACAGUCUAAACAUGAAAGGGUACAGGGGUUUUCAGAAGGAGGUGCACAAGUGCCUGCGCAAUGCACACUACUUGAAAGGUCGCCUUGUGGACGCCGGCAUAGGAGCAAUGCUGAACGAGCUGAGCAGCACCGUGGUGUUCGAGAGACCACAUGAUGAGGAGUUCGUGCACAAGUGGCAGUUGGCAUGCCAAGGGAACAUUGCUCAUGUGGUGGUGAUGCCAAGUGUCACCAUCGAGAAGCUUGAUGAUUUUCUGAAUGAACUCGUGCAGAAGCGUCAAGUGUGGUUCCGAGAUGGCAAGUCUCAACCUUAUUGUAUAGCCUCUGCUGUGGGACAGAAAAAUUGUCUCUGUGCUAUCCACAGGUGA